AUGCUUCAAGACGUUUGGGAGCCACACGAGCAUGACUAAAGGGGGAGGAAGAGAAGAAAAAAAAAUGUCCAACCCCUCAGAAGAUUUCCUGUUUCAUGAAAAGUGCUCGUACAGUGAGUGAGUCAUAUAGGGUUCGUCCUGCCCAGUUGUGUUUACUCUCACACAGCAGCUGAAGGGGGGGGGGAGAGAGCAACAAGCGGACCGAAGAAAGUUCGCUUGAGUCUGGAUAUUAACUCCUUGGUCAAAGCUUCGGCUAAUUAAUGAGAAAGAGAGGGGGGCAUUGUCCGUUUCUUCAUGGAGCUACUUCGCUUUUCCGCUUUCUGGUGUGGAGCGAUACUCUGUGGUAGUAUUGUGCUCGAGCGGGCGGAUUCGUACAUCAUCAAGAUGCGAAGACUGUGCAAGUUUUGCGACGUGCAACCGACCAGCUGCGCCGGUCGAGGAAGCUGCAAGGUGGAAUGUGACAUCACCUCCAUCUGCACACAUGACGACGACGUGUGUGUCGCUAUUUGGAGGAAGAAAGACGACAACGUCACGUUUGACACCGUCUGCCACAACCCGGCCCACAAGCUGUAUGGCCUGGUCCUGGAUGACUACAACAACAGCAAGUGCGAGAUGAAAGAAAGGAAGGGCAUGGGCUCGUCGUUCUUCAUGUGCUCUUGCUCUGAGGACGAGUGCAACGAACGGAUCAUCUUUAACGCCCACGUGGAUUCGCAGGUGGCCGUCAUCCUAGUGAGCCUGGUUCCUCUUCUGGUCAUGGCGAUCGUGGUCAUUACUUCGUUCUACUGUUAUCGAGUGUACCGCCAGCGCAGGGCCAACGCCAAGCGCAAGAAAGGCACGCCUCUGGACUUCGGCGACGCUCACGCCAUCAUGGGGGACGACGAAGGCUCCGACAGCAGCUCCACGCUCGCCAACAACCUCAACCACAAUACGGAGCUGUUGCCAAUCGAGCUGGACAUCCAGGUGGGCAAAGGUCGCUUUGCCGAAGUUUACAAAGCCAAACUCAAGCAGGGCUCCUCCGUCAGCGACGAGCAGGGUUUCGAGACCGUGGCGGUCAAGAUUUUCUCCUACGAGGAGUACGCGUCCUGGAAGAACGAGAAGGACAUUUUCUCGGAUGCCGACCUGAGGCACGAAAACGUGCUCCACUUCCUGACGGCCGAGGAGAGGAAACUACAGAGACAGUACUGGCUGAUCACCGCGUACCAGCCGAGGGGAAACCUCCAAGAUUACUUGACCCACCAUAUUGUCAGCUGGCACGACUUGUGGUUGCUGGGAGGCUCGCUCGCCAGCGGAUUGGCUCACCUGCACAGCGACCACACGUCGUGCGGCCGCUACAAAGUGCCGAUUGCGCACAGGGACAUUAAGAGCUCCAACAUACUCGUGAAGGGUGACCUGACCUGCUGCCUGUGUGACUUUGGCCUGGCGCUCCGGCUGGACAAUUCCCUCUCUGUGGAUGAGUUAGCAAACAGUGGACAGGUGGGGACCGCCAGGUACAUGGCGCCGGAGGUGCUGGAGUCCAGGAUCAACUUGGAAAACAUCGAGUCCUUUAAACAGGCCGACGUGUAUUCCAUGGCGCUCGUUCUGUGGGAGAUGAUUUCCAGGUGCAGCGCUAUCGGAGAGGUAAAAGAGUAUGAGCCUCCCUUUGGAAAUUUAAGGGAGCACCCUUGUGUAGAGAGCAUGAAGGACAGCGUGCUCCGAGACAGAGGAAGACCUGAGAUUCCCAACAGCUGGAUCAACCACACAGGCAUCCAGUUGGUCUGUUCCUCCAUCGACGACUGCUGGGACCACGAUCCGGAAGCCCGCCUGACAGCGCAGUGCGUGGCCGAGCGCUUCGAAGACAUGGAGUACUUGGACAAGCUGUCCGACUGCUCCGACUCGGAGGAGAAGAUCCCCGAAGAAAUCAUUGUGGUGGAUGAGAAGUAGGGCUCCAAACACCCCCCCUCCCCUUCCCCCACCGUCUUGGGCGACUUGAGAGCAAACUGGAAACAUCUGAGGUUAACUCCAAACGCGGAUGGACAUUUUGGACCGUUGUCAUCUCAUCUACACGUCCGGUCCCUCGCGGACUGGAUCACAAACCAACAGGGAUUAUCACAAAGAUUAAUCUUUUAACCCAAAUACUUUUGCACUUUAUUGUUUAUCGAUGCACACUAAAACGGCAUAUGUUUUAAGUGCCGCUUAUAUGUCAGGACAAAUCAUUUUCAGGCAUACCAAUUAAAAGGAAUAUUUAAAAGAAGAGCUUUAGGUUUGAGACAUCUUCAUAUGGCAAGACUGCUAAUGACACAAAUGUCCCACACGUUGUUCGUUUGUGCGGCCUUAACUGGUUGUGACAGACCAGUGACGCACGCGUAAAGAAUCCACAGCGCCAAUGUGUUAAAAGCCACUUUGAAACCAGAAAUCAGCCUCGAAAGGACACAAAUAAAAAAAAGUGUGUGUGCGUGUUGUACAGUAAAAGAGGAAGUCUGUUUAAUCAUUGCCAGACAUUAAAGGGGAAUAAGGUAUGUGCAGUCUGUUUAAAAAAAAAAAAUAGAGGGAAAAAAAUCUAACCAUAAAGUUGCAGCCUGCUGCACGAAAAAGCCAAAUUCUUUUUUGUUGUUGUUGUUGUUUUAUUUUUGUUUGUUGGGGUAGGGGGGUAGAACAGGGACUAUGCAUCCCAUGAUUAAAAAAAAAAGAACAUCUACACCGUUAUUUAUGUACAGUGCAAAUGUUUUCAGAUAUAAUUUACCAGAUAAGCUAUUAACCUUUUGAGGCACAUCAAUUACUACAGUGGACGGCUUCUCGUGUUAUCAGGUUACAGGGUGCGUGAAAGGUGGCGAUGAAGUUUUCACGGGUUGGUCAGCUGGUUUGAGCAAGCAAGUGAAAGAUGGACUGUAUUCGAUAUAUUAUAUAAGCAAUGACAAAAGUAUGCCGCUUUGCCUUUUCAUAUUAGUAACAACACUUAAACUCUGAAACCAACAUGUUUCAGUUUGGAAAAAUAAUGUCCUACUGUUCUUUUUUUCUUUUCUUUUCUUUUUCCACCCUUUGCUCAAUUUUAGCAGGAGUUCUCCUUGUUUACAUUUUUUAUUCCAGCAGCCCAGGACCAACUGGGCUGCUGGUCUCAUCGUCCUGCCUCCCGCCCCACCACCACCCCUGUUUAGACAUUUUCGCGAGAUCUGGGCCACAGACAUGGGAACGAAAGCCAAAGAUUUUCGCAUCACUCAUUUCUGUAUAUUUAUCAUAUCCCGGAUUAAAUUUUGUAAUCGAUUUCCCCA